AUGGAAGUUAAAGGAAAAAAAAAAAUCACAGGAAAAGAUGUGAAGACCUCACAAGAAAAAAACAUAUUUCAUAAAAACAGUGAUUCUGGUUCGUCAAAGACCUUUCCAAGAAAAGUUGUCAAGGAAGGUGGACCUAAAAUCACACCUAAGAACUUCGAGAAAUGUGCCACAAAACCCGGGAAAAAAGGUGUAAAGCAGUUCAAAAAUAAGCAGCAAGGGGAUAAAAUACCAAAGAACAAAUUCCAGCAGGCAAAUAAAUUCAACAGGAAGAGAAAAUUCCAGGCGGAUGGUAAAAGUGAUGAAUCAGCGGCCAAGAAACCGAAGUGGGAUGACUUCAAAAAGAAGAAGAAGGAACUGAAACAGAGCAGACAGCUCAGUGAUAAAACCAACUAUGACAUCGUUGUUCGUGCGAAGCACAUUUGGGAGACCUUACGACGAAAAGACUGUGACAAAGAAAAGAGAGUCAAGUUGAUGGGUGAUUUGCAGAAGCUGAUUCAAGGGAAGAUUAAAACAAUGGCAUUUGCUCAUGACUCCACUCGUGUGAUCCAGUGUUACAUUCAGUAUGGUAACGAAGAACAGCGAAAACAGGCUUUUGAGGAGCUGCGAGAUGAUUUUGUCCAAUUGAGUAAAGCUAAGUAUUCCAGAAACAUUGUUAAGAAAUUUCUCAUGUACGGGAGUAAGCCGCAGAUUGCAGAGAUCAUGAGAAGUUUCAAAGGGCACGUGAGGAAGAUGCUGCGGCACGCGGAGGCGUCCUCCAUUGUGGAGUAUGCCUACAAUGACAGGGCCGUCUUGGAGCAGAGGAACAUGCUGACGGAGGAGCUCUACGGGAACACGUUUCAGCUCUACAAGUCUAUGGAUCACCCAACUCUGGACAAAGUAUUAGAGGUACAGCCCGAAAAGCUAGAGCUUAUCAUGGAUGAAAUGAAGCAGAUUCUAACUCCAAUGGCCCAAAAGGAAGCUGUGAUUAAGCACUCAUUGGUGCAUAAAGUAUUCUUGGACUUCUUUACCUACGCACCUGCCAAGCUAAGAUCAGAAAUGAUCGAAGCCAUCCGCGAGGCGGUAAUAUACCUGGCACACACACACGAUGGCGCCAGAGUGGCCAUGCACUGCCUGUGGCACGGCACGCCCAAGGACAGGAAAGUGAUUGUGAAAACAAUGAAGACUUAUGUUGAAAAGGUGGCUAAUGGCCAGUACUCCCAUUUGGUCUUAUUGGCGGCAUUUGAUUGUAUUGAUGAUACUAAGCUUGUGAAGCAGAUAAUCAUAUCAGAAAUUAUUAGUUCCUUGCCUAACAUAAUAAAUGACAAAUAUGGAAGGAAGGUCCUCUUGUAUUUACUGAGCCCCAGAGAUCCUGCACACACAGUGCGGGAAAUUAUUGAGGUUCUGCAGAGAGGAGAUGGGAACGCACACAGUAAGAAGGACACAGCCAUCCGCCGGCGAGAGCUCCUGGAGGCCAUCUCUCCGGCUUUGUUAAGCUACCUGCAAGGACACGCCCGCGAAGUGGUGCUGGAUAAGUCUGCGUGUGUGUUGGUGCCCGGCAUUCUGGGAGCUGCCACGGGAGACGUCCAGCCCGCCAUGAGCGCCAUCGCCGGCUUGGCGGCCACAGAGUUGCACCCGGGCGGCCAGGACGGAGAGCUUCACGUCGCAGAGCAUCCUGCGGGACAUCUCGUUCUGAAGUGGUUAAUAGAACAAGAUAAGAAGAUGAAGGAAAGUGGAAGAGAAGGUUGUUUCGCAAAAACACUUGUAGAGCAUGUUGGUGUGAAGAACCUGAGGUCCUGGGCCAGUGUAAACCGAGGUGCCAUUAUUCUUGCUAGCCUUCUCCAGAGCUCCGAUCAAGAAGUUGCAAACAAAGUCAAGGCUGGACUCAAAGGCCUCAUUCCCACAUUGGAGAAAAACAAAAAUGCCAGCAAAGGAAUAGAAACGCUGCUUGAAAAACUGGCCGCAUAG